AUGCGCGUGAUCCAAGAGACGCACCGCCUCGAGUGCGAGAGUCGCCGACGUGCGUCGCGUCGCUCGCAGUUCCGGAAAUGGCUCGAGUCGAGCACGAGUCAAGAUGGAGAGCGCGAGGAGCACGGCGUGGAGCUUCCACUGGAGCAGCAAAUUGACGGUGCGUUUGCGCUGUUUGCUGCUCGUCGACCUUCCAACGUCGUGUCGCCUCUCCUCCCGUCGAGUCUGAAGAAGGCGCCGUCGCCUCUCGCAGUCAAGUGGAGCUCGUACAUUGGAGCUAUGGGCCUUAAGGACACGAGGGACAAGCCUCGCCACGUCCACUUUGCUGCUCAAGAUGCAGAGCACUACGACUCGAUGAAAUGGACGGAAGACGAGAAGAGUCGAUGCUAUUACUCGAGCCAGGAACUGGACGAGAUGGAGACGCUGUCGAGGCAGCACGGGCACCGCGGGGUGCGCUUCACUGACCAGCCCGAGGACACGGUGCUGGAGCAAGGCUUUCUGAGCUUGCCGGUGAGCGCGCCAUUUUUACAGACCCGACGGUACUACUGCUUGCUUCGAGGCCAUCGGCUGCAGCUCUUUAGUUCUGCAGUACACGCAGGUAGGAACUCGGGACCAAAGGAGCAGCUCACGGUUCUCCGAGUACAGGACUGCCAGACGCUCUCGACGCCGAAGAAGUUUGCGCUUUUUGGCGCGGAGCUCCCUCCGCAAAUGAGUUUGAUGUUUUACGUAAUCAAGGCCAAUGGCGAGCGUGUGAUUUUGACCGCCGAUGCCAAGAGCUCUAAGCGCAACUGGGUGCACGCACUCACUCGACUCACGUACGUGGGCGAAGGCGAGAGCUGUUCGAGCACUUCGGUGCCUCGGACUCGCUCGAGCUCGGCCCCGAUGCUGCCGACGAGCAUCUUGUCUCCCGUGCUGGAAGCUGAAUCGGAAGAGGAGGUGUACGGUGACAUGACGGUGGUUGGGUCUAUGAAGAUGGAAAGGAGGAGCAGCUGCACGGCCACUUGCUCAUGA